CAGAGACGUGAGAAGUGAGUCAAGCAGGAAAGAGAAGAAGUUAGCAAACUUACGGAUAGCUCUUCAUUUCUUGGUGCUUUAAGCUUUUCCAUGACACUUAACACUUAAAUGGACCAUGGAUCACUACACAGAGUUGGAUGAUCGCGAUGUUACCCAGAUAGAGAGGGACCUGGGCAUGUUUGGGGUCCCGACGCCGCAGACUUUUUGGAGAGAAGACAUACCUAGGCGAUCAGACACUUCAGCCGGCUUGGAGUUUCAGAAGAAACGUGAGCUUUAUCUCCAGCACAUUCAACGCGGAGAACAACCGCCGAAAUACACGCCGUACACGGGAUUUAAUCCGGAAUAUAAUGCAUCCGACGGCAGGGAUUUAGACGCCGGGAAUUCCUUGGUUGUGCCAGUGAAGGACCUAAGGACGAGGACAGCUAGUAGCGGUAGUGGAGGCGACACCACAAGUAUGCUUAAACAAAACGCUACAGGUUACCCCUUUGCUGUAGAUAACCGUUCUGGGCUCCCAAUGUCAUCCCAAAUCGCAGUUGCCAGAGCUGCCAAUCUGGGUUAUACUUCUGCAGAGAACGGUGGGGCAUACACGAUUGGGAUUUCACAGCAACAUCAUCAGCUGCAGCAGGUGCCCCCUAUGGGAGCCUCACCACUGAACAGUACCCAGGGGCACCUGUUGGGGAGACAGAGUACCACAGGGACCUACCUCUACUCCAGUAGUCCUCGGACUAGCACAGGCAGUGUAGGCAGUGGUGGGGAUCCAAAUGGUGGUAGCCGCCGAGGAUCCCUGGUGAACCCCCCUCUCCCCCCCUCCUAUGAUCAACACAGAGUGGGGGGCACCAGGGGGGCCAGUGUCAGCCCAAGGUCCAGUGUGAGUGCUGACUCCAAGCACUCCAGUCCACGCACCAGUCUGGUGAACACAGCAUUAAUGGACCGGUUCCCAAGUCCACACUCUGGUAUGAUCAACGCCAACGAGAAAUAUCCCAGUCAGCGCUCCAGUUUGUCUUCACUGGGGUACGAGCAUUAUGUAACCAAUCAGACAGCAGCAGAAUCUCCCAGACACAGUCACAGCGGAGGAAGCGCGGGGUCAAGUCCCCUGCAAACCAUGGACAGAAAGUACACAAACAAUAAUGAUCCCGCUGCGCUGCCACCGGCGUAUAAUGAUCCCAGGCAUUCUAGGAUAGGUGGUGGCAACAACACCCAUCACCAUGGCAACAACACCCAUCACCAUCACGUCCCCCAUGGUCUGAAUCAUGUUCUGCAUCAAGGUAUACCUAAUCACAGCACCCCAAUUAAACUGAAUCUGGCCUCACCAAAUACUGUGCACCCCAAUCUUCUACAACAACAACAACAACAACAACCCCAUCUGGCUGGGCAGAGGGUGGGGGCUGGGGGUGUGCAGGGGGUGGCUGUGUCCGCUGCCACACAGACCAGCAGUCAGAGCCCAGUGUAUAGGAAUACAGUGGCAGGGGGCGCUAUGUCGCCUGCAGGGUCGUCAUCUAGUGGUGGACAGAGUAAGGUAUUACUCCACUACGAUGUCAUAGCGCCAAAAUCUCCCGGUCCCAGCGAGGCUGAGAAGAAACUAGCUGCGUUGACUCAGCAGUUAGAGAGAGAAAUGAGGUUGUCAUCUUCUGGGUCUUCAUCAAAACGAAGCUCAGUGUCGCCAGAACCUCGAGAGCCACCUCCGCCAUAUUACGGGCCACAUAACACAGAGACGGUACCUGUCAUGGCCAAUUCUGCCUCUGCUGUGCCUCAGUUUUACACGUCUACAGCAGUUUCUUACCCAGCAACAACGGCCAAUAAUUACCCAGCACCCCCUGCUUCGCCAUCUCUCUCAGUGUCGUCUAGAUCGUCCAACCAGAAGAGUGGCCUUGGUUUUCAAGUUACGCCACCUAAAUCCCAAGGUCUGACAGAAGCGGAGAAGAAACUGGAGGUUAUGACAAGUAAUAUUGAAAAGGAUUUGGAGCAGCAUCCGCCUGGUGAAUAUUAUGGUCAGUGUUACACGUGUGGUGAGAUGGUUUCUGGAACCAACGACGCCUGUCAAGCGAUGGGGAACCUGUACCAUACCAAAUGUUUUGUUUGCUGCUCGUGUGGGCGGACGUUACGCGGGAAGGCAUUCUACAAUGUGCAUGGAAAAGUGUAUUGUGAGGAAGACUAUCUGUACUCAGGCUUCCAGCAGACGGCAGAGAAAUGUGCCAUAUGUGGCCACCUCAUCAUGGAGAUGAUUCUUCAAGCGUUGGGGAAGUCGUACCAUCCGGGCUGUUUCAGGUGCUGUGUAUGUAAUGACUGCUUGGACGGAGUGCCGUUUACUAUAGACGUAGAUAACAAAAUCUACUGCGUUAUAGACUAUCACAAGAUGUAUGCACCUAAGUGUGCCGCUUGCGGGCAAGUUAUCACUCCAGUAGAGGGAACAGAAGAAACUGUGCGGGUAGUUUCCAUGGACAGGGAUUACCAUGUGGACUGCUACUGUUGCGAGGACUGUGGUCUGCAGCUGACAGAUGAACCAGACAAGCGUUGUUAUCCCCUGGGGGAGAUGUUACUCUGCUACGGUUGCCACCUGGCACGACUAAACUAUCACCCCAACGGACUCCCGCCAGCAACCGAGUCCCAGCUCCUCACCUUCAAUUUCAAUCCCAUGGUGCAGCAGCCGAUGCAGGGAGCUCAACCGACACAUUUUGCUCAACCACAGUCUGAGGCACCACAAACACAAUUGAGUUCAGCCAUGAUGAGUCAGCAAAAACAGCCACUGGGUCUUCAAGGCGGAGUGUCCAGUCAGAAUGUUAGACAGACUUUGGCCGGUGGAGGAGGGGUAGGAGUGGUCACUAGGACUGGCCACCCCAAUGGUCAUCCAGACUCCGGACCUCAAAGUCCAGCCAGUAUGACCAGUUUGUCCAGUGGUUUUAGUGGUCAAUAUGUCCACAAUAUGUACACCAGUGGUCAGAAACCUGAACCCCAGGCGCCAUUACGGCCACCACCAAAUUAUUAUGACCGUCACAGCAGCACUGGUCAUUUCUCUAGUGAUGAUAAUCACAGUCCUCCCAUACCGCCAAAACAAUAUAUCCAAAACCAUUUCGACACACAGAGGGCUUCCCCACAGGGAACGGGAAAAUCUGGCAAAGCCCAGAUGUACCAGAUAACUGAUCUGUGAGCGAGUUGUGCCUGUUCCCUGUGAGUACUUUCACUGUGGUCCUGUCCAGCCAGGUUUCUUGUGUGAAGAGCGACAGUGUCAACACAGGCAUAUGGAAACACAACCAAAGCAGAGAUACAUCAAACAACAGAACCGUGAAGCAGUUCUGUCUUAUUCCCUGUGACUGUGAGCUUCAAAUUUGGACCACAGGGAUUAGAGACAUUUCUUCCAACUAAAAAGAGAUUCAUGGCAGUUUCUUCCAGUUCCCUGUGAACUCCUGUGCUGACCACCAGAUGUCACUGCAGUGUGUCCGAGCUCUCGCCAGCAUGUAAACGUUUUGCCAAAACGAGCAGAUGAUGAACUGUUUGCCGAAAGUUAAAUACAGACAAGCAUAUUUGACAUUUUACAUAUAUAUGAAGUGGUCUGUAGUCUACAUGUUACAGCAUCAAUGUUUAAUGCCUCUGAUUCAUACUGUGGUACUAGCAUUUCAUGGGACAGCAGUCAGAAUGGCAGUAUUAAAAGGAAUUGCUAUUUGUUCUCAGAUUUCAUCAGUUCUAGACACAUUCAGUUUUCUGAACAUAAAGAUGUGUCAUGUUCAUAUAAAUACUUUUUAUUUUCAGCUUUUUCUAAAUUUUGUCUCUUAAGUUCCUCAAGUACCUCAAAUUUUUGUCUAGACAUAAAAAGUUGGAAGUGUACUUUGUACACAUCUUAUCUUGUUAGAGUGUUUGAAACAAGUAUAAUACUACCACUUCUCUAGUUGUACUAUAAAUGUGCAUCAAUGUGUUAUUUUAAUGUCUGUUACUGGUUUUGGAAACAAUGGACUGUUUGUUGCAGUCUAGGUUCAAUGUAUCACAGAUUGUGGUUAACUUGGAUACAAUGUAUCACUGUUAGUGCAACCUGGAUACAAUGUAUCACUGUUAGUGCAACCUGGAUACAAUGUAUCACUGUUAGUGCAACCUGGAUACAAUGUAUCACUACUUGUUGUGAACUGCAAACAAUGUAUCACUGUUUGUUGUAACUUGGAAGCAAUAUAUCACUGUAUUGGUUGUUACAAGUCACAAUUGUAUCGGCGUUACUGAUGUAAGCUUAGUAUUUUGCACGGGAAAAAAAUUUAUGUGAUGACAUUUUAGUGCAACAAUACAGGUGUAUGAUAAUUGGUUUAUCUCAUGACAUAUAAAUAAUAGGUUGUCUUACAUUUACCAGUAGAUGUAUGAAGCUUUUUCAAAUGUUGUCUUAAAAGGAGAUACACAGGGAAAGUAUGCAUCAGUUAUGUAUGUGUUUGGCACAGUUUUAGAGCACUUACAUGUUACAUAUAUUGUCAGCUGAUGCACUGGAGUAUUACAUAAGUCUUUCACAUGGUGGUCUAUAUGUUCUCACUUGAUGGUAAAAUGUGUAUUGCCACUCUGUUGUGCAACUGAAAAAAACCACUGUGGUUUGGUGUAAACUUGGAUUUCCUGGAACAGGAUCGGUUUACAGCAGUGGUUAUAAUCUGGUAGGUUUUCAGGUUAAGUGGUUUCACAUUAUUUUGAAAUUCACAUAAUUUUGAAAUUUAUCAUGUUGACACAAUUUAUUUAUAGCACAGUUAGUUGUAUGGCUGCAGGAAGCACUUUGAACAAGUAAACUUAGCACCCUGUGUUUGAGAACACUGGCAUUGACUCCUGCCCUGGUAUAUAGCUGCCUGGUACAAAUAAUUACCCACAUUAUGGUUCUGAAAGUCAGGGUGACUGUGAUCACUUGGUUGUUGUAAUUACUUCACUGUGGUUACUUGAUGCAUUUUACAUCACCAUAGUAACUUCACUAUGGUAACUUGGUAUAUGUAACAUUGCCAUAGUUACUUCAGUAUGGUAACUUGAUGCAGUAAACAUCACCAUAGUUACUUCACAGAUUUUAUGAACGCCCUGAAUUUCAGAGAUCUGCUUGAACAUUCUUGAAGAGAGAAGUGUCAUUCUUAAAACUAUGAAGUUCAGGUUGACUUGAUCACAUUUUCGCCACACUUGCAGUCUCCUUGUAAUUUCAUAUACCAGCUUUGUUACUUCUCACUCUGUGUUGCUGUCACUGCCCCUGUUGGUUGUCAGUUACAAUGUAACGGGUGUAUUGAUAUUUUAUAUAAUAUCAGUUAAUUAUAUUAAUAUUGUCAUUAAUGCCAGUAUUGUGAAAGCAGAGCAUUUCUGUGGCACAUGGUAACGACAUGUCCCCACGCAGGCAUCAAUGUAGCUAUCUCUCUUUAAGAAACUACCUUUUUAUUUUCUAUGAAAAAAUGUCAAGGUAUUUGAUUAUCAUCUGAGACAAUUUCACAAAAUCUCUAAACAGUGUCCGGUAUUUAAAAACUUAGACCAUAAGGGGCAAUUUCUAAUCCUCUGUUUUAACUGUGUUUUAGGCUGGUUUUAAAUUGUGCUAAUUAUGAGAAGCUUAAGUGCAGGUGAAGAAGGUUCGGGUUAAACGUGUGUGAACCUUGCGCUGGAUAACUGUGUAAUAGGUCUGAAUAUUAUAUUUUUAAAGGUACUCGAUUAUAUUUAUAGUUAUGGCUUUCUCCUAUCCUACCACUUGAUCUUUUACUAUUAUUUUAUUAUAAUUAAUUUAAGUAAUGAAUGUGGAAUUAAUAUCAACUAAAUUGUGAGUUGUUAAACUAUAUCAAUCUCAAUAUCGUAAUCAAACUGUUAUAUGGCAUGUAAUCCUGUCCACGGCAGUUCAGUACAGAUUUUAUUUUCCAUUCUUAAAAGUCGCUUGUAGAUCACAAAGGUUGGAGUUAUUUAUAAAGGAAUCUGCAUUGAUGGGGAGGGUGGGAUGAUUUGCAUCACGGGCACAUCGCAAGAAUUUUAUGUCUUAAGUCGCAGCACCAUGACACGUUUUGUACAUAGAUUUCUUGGUGCUUAUGACGGUAUCGAUGUAUAGCGGAUACCCAGUUGUAUAUGGGUAAAUUAUUUUCAUUAUAUUGUGGGUCUUACACGUGUAUAAACGAUAAAAUGUUUUUUCAA